CACCAUGUCGCAAGGACUCACCCGCAGACGCCCAGGACACUCCCCCGCCAUCCCCCAGACCACCGCACAGCUCGAAUCCCCCACCCUCCCCGGCUCCUCCUCCCCUCGCCCCCCCUCCGCCCCUGGCGCCUCCCCCAACCCCAACACACAGGGCAGAGACGGCAACGAGGGACACAAGAUCGCAUAUGACCCCAGGGACUUUGAAAAUGUCGACGAGAAGGACCAGAUGCCCAGGUUGACCCUCAUGGAGGAGGUCCUCCUGUUGGGGCUUAAGGACAAGGCGGGCUAUCUGUCCUUUUGGAACGACAACAUCUCCUACGCCCUCCGAGGCUGUAUCCUCAUCGAGCUGGCCCUCCGCGGUCGUAUCGCCAUGGUCCGAGAUCCCUCGCGCCGCCGCUUGGCCCUCUCGGAUAGGCUGAUAGAAGUCAUUGAUGACAGGCAGACAGGAGAGACGCUUCUAGAUGAGGCUUUGAAGAUGAUCAAGAGCAGCGAGAAAUAUGGGGCAGGCGCGUGGGUAGAUCUAAUGAGCGGCGAGACUUGGAAUGUAAUGAAGAUCGGCUACCAACUGAAACAAGUCCGUGAGCGCCUCGCCAAGGGCCUAGUGGACAAGGGCAUUCUUCGCACCGAGAAGCGCAAUUUCCUCCUAUUCGACAUGGCUACCCAUCCCAUCGCGGACAUGAACGCCAAAGACGACGUCAUGCGACGGGUCUUGUCGUUGUUGACUGCGAGGACUGCGGCCAUUCCUGCGCAGGCGCUGCAGAAGGAGAAUGUAAAGUAUAGAUAUAUGCGGGCGGUUGCUCUCGUUUGUGCUGCCUACGCUUCUAGCGUCCUUGAAAACGCUCUCCAACGCCUUUCCUACGACGCCCGAGAAGCCGCCUUCGGUCGCUGCGACGAUAUCCUCGCCGAAUUCUGCACCUGGCCUUUUGGCCAAACCACUUCCCAAUCUUCUGGGCCGGUAGCUAUUGGCUCCGGGUCGGGACGACGGCGUGAAGGUGGUUCAGGCGGGGCCGGGCGCGAGACUGUGCAGGAGUUGGUGAGGGAGGUGAGGAAGGAGAUGGCGGCUGCGAGCGGGGCAGGGCAAGGGGGCAAUGCUGCUGGUGCUGGGGGUGGGCAAGAGGAUCAGGAAGAAUUGUGUUUCGAGGUGGUGGCCACGGUGUUUGAGAUCUUUGGGAGGAUGGACAGUCUGCUUUGAUCAAUACGUUUGUAAAUUUAUUAAUUCGGUCCUUUCCCGACAUAUCUUUUGGCCUUGUUCUCAUCUCUCCACCCGCAGCAUGAAAGCCUCUCUCGUUCUUAUUUUGGGCCCUUUUGUUUCCACCAUGGGAGUAAGGAAAACAUGAAACCACAGGCCAUAGGUUGUUUCGGUAUGUUAUCAUUCAUGAGUUAUGAGGCUCAAACGAGAAUCAUCCCGUGACCCUAGAAUGCGUGGUAAUCGUGAUAUACGUAUAUACUACUGUCGCAAGCCGAUUCUGCUGCUAUGCCUCUGAUGGUUGAGGUCAAGAUUACGAGCAGAGCUUACACUGCAGGGGCAUUCAUCUUCAUCGGCCAUAUGUAGC